GUGCCUUUGGGGGCUGCUGCGAGCAUCUGGGUUGUGCCCUCGUUUCCCUCCGAGGGCUGCAGGACGGAACUGGGGCGGUGUGCGAUGUUUCAGCCCACCGCUUCUCGGGGCGGGGGAUGCUCGAGCGCCCCACGCAGUGCCUCACCGUAACCCUGGGGAGGUGGUCGGUGGCCCCGGGACGUCCCGUUCCUCGUUAACCAAAGCAGCCGUGGCCAACCCGUGUCCCCAAGCCUUGCAAGCCAUCACCCAGCCACCUUCCCAUACCUCGUGAACGCACCAAACCCCCGCUGCGCCUCGUGGUGGGCUCACACCUCAGACAAAGCGUCAGGGAUGCUCAGCUCCAGCACAAAGCAGAACCCGUGGGCACGCAGGAGCCACGGGGGGCACCCAGGGGCCCUCCCUGCACCAUAGGGGCCGCGUGCCGUAUGGCGGUUCUUUACGUCCGUCCUCCUUCCCCUGCUCCCCCUCCGGCCCCGACAUCCUGAGCGCGUCCUCGGGAACACAAUGAGCCCCUGAGGAUCGCCGUGUGCCGGAGGAAACGGCCGUCGGCUUCCUCCGCUCGGCCCAGCCCCGCUCGUGUGCGCACAGCGGCGGUGAGACCAUGGGCAUGUCGGCGAAGGACGAGCGCUGCGCGAGCCCUACAGAUGAGGAGUGGCCAGAGGUGGAAAAGGCUGAGAAGUUAGCGAGAGGAGCUGCUCUGAAAUGGGCUUCAGGGGUGUUCUAUCGGCCUGAGAAACUGGAGGGGCUCGGGCACUACCGAAACAGAGAGACACAGAGGAACAGCUCCAUCCAGUCCCGGCUGAAGUCAACUGUGCAGUCUUACCUGGAGGGGGUGAGCACUGGGCUGGAGCAGCUGCGGUCGGCAGUCCAGGAGGUGCAGAGCGUGUGCCAGGACAUGGGGGCAGCGAGGUGGGCCCUGCUCGACUGCGCAGACCGCUUCCAGGACCUCCAGCAGAUGCGGGCACUGAAGGCAGAGCACGUGCAGCUGGCCUCGGUGGUCCAGGUGCUGCCCCAGCUCUUCUCAGUCCACGAGGUUUUUUCCCAUACCCUGCAGCUGCUCCGUGAGCACCUGCUGGAGGCCCACGCAGAGCUCAUGAUGAUGGAGCACCUCCGAGAUGACAUCCUUUCCCAGCUGCACCUUCGUGGGCUCUCCAGUGCCCAGGCAACUGUGCUGUCCUACUUCAGCUGUCUGCAAGAGCUCAAUGAGAGCCUGGCCAAGCAGCUGUGGGGCAUCGUGAGCAGCAGCCUGCAGCUGGUGCGGGAAGACCCAGUUCUCUUUGUCACCGCCAUCAGGAUCAUUGAGCGGGAGGAGAAAAUAGAUGACACUCUACUCCUGGAUGCCACCUUCCUGCCUCCUGGCCGCCCGAAGGGCUGGAGGCAGAAGUUUUACCACGUUCUCCAGGAGACCAUCACAGCAGCUCACUUUAAUGCCAUCCGUAUGGAUGCUGAAGGUCCGGGGCUGGCCAGGCACCUCGCUGCACUGCAGAGGGACAUCGUGUCCGAGCUGCGUGUGGUGAAGGACCUGAUGGUCCAGUGUGUCCCAGCACACUACAACAUCCUCAGUGUCUGCACUGCCACGUACCACCGGGCCCUCAGUAGCCACCUCCAGGACAUCCUCCGAGAGGACCUGGACAAGCAGGCACUCUUCCUCCUCCUCGAGUGGGUGCUUCGCGCAUACCCCAGCCCGGAGGUGAUGGGUCACCCUGACCUCCUCCCAGAAGUGGAUGUUUCUUCUCUGGGCCCCCUGAUCUCCCCUGAGCUUGUGGAUCAGACAGAGAGGAAAUACGUGGAGAAAGUCAAGGCGAGCGUGCUCGAGUGGAUGCAGAGGACCCUGGAGGUGGAGUUCAAGGAGUGGUUCAGAGAAGAGGAACCCGAGAUGGACCAUCAGGGCUUCUUCCAGUCUGCCCUGCCUGUCAUUGUCGUGCAGAUGCUGAGUGAGAAUAUCCAGGUAGCCUCCUUGAUCACAGACUCUCUGCAGCAGAAGGUCUACAACAUGGCCCUGGAGGAGCUCGAGGCUUUUCUGGGACGCCUGAGGGAAGUCCUUGUGCAGUGUGGGAAGGAGCACCAGAAGGAUCGGACCGUACCCAAGCACUAUGUUUCCUAUCUCCUGGCCAUGCUCAACAACAACCUGGCUCUCAGCUCCUCUAUCCCUUCUCUGCACCCCAAUGCUGCCUGCAGAGAAGUCCCUGCAUCUCUCCGGGCUGCUCUGGACAAGAUGCAGAAGAAAGCCUGCCAGCUGCUGCUGGAGGAGCUGCUCCUUGACUUACAGCCCUUCUACGUGCAGCUGCCUUCCCGCAAGUGGCUCUCUGGGUCCCAGCUGGUCAACAGCAUGUGUGAAGUGAUCGACAAAUACACAAAGGACUUCUCCCACGUCAGGAAGCCCGCCUUCACGCUCCUGCUGAUGGAGAGCGAGCUCCUGGUGGCGAGCCAAUACCUGAGGGCGCUCAUGCAGAAGAAGAUGGUGUGCAAGAGCAAGGAGGAGAGGGGCCAGUUCUGUGACCGCCUGCUGCAGGACGCCACGCAGCUCCGGGAGCUCUUCUGCAGCCUGGGCCUGGACAGGAGCCAGCAGAGCCUGGAGGCCGUGUUUGCUCUGCGGGAGCUGAUCUGCCUCAAAGAUCCAGCGCUACUCAGCCUGGAGGUGCUGGGCUUCAUCACCAAGUACCCCGAUGCCAGCGAUGAGCACAUCUCCACUUUGCUGGACCUCCGGGGUGACAUCUCCAAGGAUGUGAGACACGUGGUGCUGGAAAUGAUGGCACAGAACCCCCAGCCUCUGCCCGAGGGCUACCGGCCCAUCUUCAGCACCAUCCUGGUCCCUGCACCUGAGCUGCCCUUCUGCCUGCGCAAGGCCAAGUGUGCCUGAGACAUCCCACUGCCUGCAACAGCCCUGCUUCCCACUGCCCCACCGAUGUAUGGACCGAACAGGACGGCUCCAAGGCUGUGUGUGGGGAAAAUGGAGAUGAUGCACGGCAUCCCCACACCUUGCCCUGUGUUGGGACAGUCUGGAUACGUGCCAUCCUGCUCUGAGCUUGCCUUGCUGAGCUGUUACCCCUCCAAGCAGACCUAGGAGACCUGGCUCAGGAAUAAAUCAGGGCUGUUUACGUCUAGCUUACUGCCUGGAGGAGAAAGAGGAUCAACAGAGUGAAGGAGAGGGGGCUACAGCUGGGGUGAGGCCAAAUCUCUGUGGGGCUGCAGCAAUUCCUGGUGCAUCCAUACAGCCAGAGCGACCUGUACAUUGGUUCUUUUCUCACCACAGCUCCAAAACUGGAGCACUACUAGACCCAGGCUUACAUGGUCUUACAGGACCAGCUGGAUCCUGCAUGGAUCUCAGCCAGCUCACUAUGGCUAAGGACCAGCGAGGAGAAGGAACACACGGAGCUCUUGCCACCAACUCUCUCCCUGCUCGCAUGAAGGGACAGAUCGGAGUUCUAGUGACCUGCCCAAGCUCUCUGGUCAACGUUUACAACAGCAUCAAAGUCCAAGACUUCACUACUUGGGAGAAUGUGAACAGAGUCUCAGCUUUCUCCAUGAUGGGCAGACCUCCCUGGGCACAGUCAUCCUCUGCUGCUCUCCAUCCCUUGGUCCUCUUCUCCUCACAUGCCAGGGGAAGUUGAGGAGCAAAGCAUGCUGUGUGCUCUGCUUCCUUGGAGCCACACACCUCUCUUUUGCCACCUCCUCCUGCCUGGCCUGCACUGUUGUGCCAGCCCUGCAGGCACCUUGGGCAGUGGAAGGGCUGAAUUCUAUGCUCUGCCACUCUUUCUGCCUUAUGAUGGGCCUGAUCCCACUGCUGUUGUAUGGCACCAAUGCCAAAAAUAAAGACCUGAGCUCUGCAAUCGCU